GCUCUCUCCUCACCGGCGGCGGCCACCAAGCGGCGUCCGGUUUGUCAGCAGGUAGUAGCAGCAUCCGGCGGCGGCGGAGGCGAGAUGAGAGUCAGCGGAAGCGGCGGCGGGAACGCCGGCGCGGUGUUCUACGCGGACAAGUACCACCCGAUCCAGGCGGGCAGCAUCGACGGCACGGACGUCGCCCCCCACGACAACGCCGUCCUCCGCGCCCUCCUAUGCUCCACCGCCGGCCUGUAUGAUCCGUUCGGGGACCCCAAGGCCGCCGGAGACCCCUACUGCACGGUGUUCGUCGGGCACCUCUCCCGCCUCACCGACGACGAGACGCUCCGGAAGGCGAUGGGCAGGUUCGGGAAGGUGAAGAGCAUGCGACUGGUGCGGGAUAUUGUUACUGGUGCUUCUCGUGGUUAUGCAUUUGUGGAGUAUGAAACGGACAGGGAGAUGCGUCGUGCCUACGAGGAUGCACACCAUUCCAUUAUUGAUGGCAGUGAAGUGAUUGUAGACUACUACAGGCAGCAACUUAUGCCUGGAUGGAUUCCAAGGAGGCUAGGUGGAGGCCUUGGUGGAAAGAAAGAAUCUGGCCAGCUUCGAUUUGGAGGUCGUGAGAGGCCAUUUCGUGCUCCCUUGCGGCCUAUUCCUUAUGACGAACUGAAAAAGCUCGGGAUCCCACCACCACCUGAAGGGCGAUAUAUGACACGUUUUCAGGUCCCCCCACCACCGAGACGAAAAGGUGGAAACGUUGACAGGGAAGAGUCGCCACCUCCUAGGAGAAGAUCCAAGGACAGGGCUGAUAGCACUUACAGAAGGCAAAGUCCAACUGAAGACGAAGGCAGCCCCCGCAGGCACAAAAGCAGCCGUGACCACAGGGAAGAAUCACAAAGUAGGAUAAGAUCAUCUACUUAUAGGGAGGCCAGCACUCACAGUAGGCAGAGAAGCCCGACCGAAGACGACAGAGACCAUCGCAAGAAGAGAAGCCGACGAGAGCAUGGAGAUAUCAGGAGCUAUGAUAGGCAUGUAAGUGCAGCCCAAGACGACAGAGAUCAUCAUCAGAAACAGAGAAGAAGCCGAGAGCACAGAGAUAUCAGCAGCCACAGUAGGCAGAGAAGUCCAACCGAAGACGACGGUUAUCAUCACCGCAAGAGUAGAAGAAGAAACCGAGAGCCUGGAGAUAUCAGUAGCCCCAGUAGGCAGAGAAGCCCUGCCGAAUAUGACAGCGGCCAUAGCAAGCAGAGGAGCCGAGAGCCCGGAGAGGUGUCUCCAGGCAACGAGGAUGACAGGGUCAGAGGAGGAAGAACCUCGACGGAAGCCAGUCGCAGCCCUCGUCAUCGAUCUCAUUGGGGGCAGAGGCACUACAGCGAGCAGACUCAUGAUGAUGGCGGCAGCAGCCGUUCCCGGGACGGUGGCCGCCGUAGUCACAGUGACCGUGCUCGCUCCAGGAGAUCCGAGAGCCGAGAUUACAGCCAGUAGAUGCCAGUCACUUCCCAUCAUGCGGAAACUUUGUCUACUCGCUACUUGAUUUGAUUAUGUGUGUAGGCUCUGUACAGUUAGUUAUUGGGCAGAUUUUUUGACUAAACUUUGCAGUGCCGUUGGUUUUACGUGAUAACUAGAGCCAUAAAAAUGUCGGAGAAAUAUAUCCAAGUGAGAUCUAAUUUUGAAA